GCGUGUCUUCUCAAAACAGCCAUCGAGACAAGAAAACAAAUUUAAUUAUCUCGCAUAAAUCAUUCUCUUUACCUGUCCCGGAGGGCCAAAUAUCUAGAAUAUCAUUAGAACGGCUCCGAUUGGUCCGUCGCACAAUAAAACAUGAUCGUGACGCGCGAUCGAUGUGAAUCAACCACUCAAUAUUAGUCAUUCGAUAUUUUUCGUGUUGGUAGGUGUGUAACAUGAAAUUGAACUCAUAUUUUAUUGAUAGUUCUGCUCACACAAUGAGGAAAACUCUGAAAUAAUGUUUAAAUAUGGUUAAGUACAAUGAUGAUAAGGCGGUAGUGACUUGAAAUAUUUGAAACGGUACCUAAACAGUUUCGGCUUUAGUGAUGCCUAAUUUAUAAUAAUGUACAGUUGGGCAAUCGGCCGGUUGUCUACCUUUAAGCUAGCCUGUGUGCUCACAACAAACACGCACCGCCAGUUGCGCACUGGAAAUGGUUUAAAUUCGCGUUUAAUCACGGUAUUGUAAAUACUAACUUUACACAUGUCGGGGAUCGAGAAAUAUGUUGCGCGCCGAACGACAUAAGUACAUACUUCAACAAGAAGAAGUAAUGAAGAAGGCGAGACGUGAUGAUGAUGCUGGUGGCUGGGCGGGCGGCGCGGGGGGCGGGCGGCCGCGCGCGCUCAGUCGCGCCGCUCGCGCCGUCGCGAGCGCCCCGGAUCCAGUUCACGGCCGCACUAUUAGCGGACGGCUAUUUCGGAGCGGAGCGGACGAUGGUGGCGCGCCGGCCGCCCUGACAGCAUGGAGCGGCGCCGCGCGCCCGAGCCGCCCGCCCAGCCCGCCCCCGGCAUGGGCCGCGCCGUGAGGCGCCGGGAGAAGCCGCGCGAGCGCUGGCUGCUCACGCGCAAGACAUGGCGCUACAUGACGGACGCGGGCCGGCGCCUCGUGCCCGCCGGCGCCGCCGACCGCGCCGAGGACCUGCCGCGCCUCGAGGCCUACUUCCAGCAGGUGUGCGCCCGCGAGCCGCGCUUCCUGCUGUGGAGGAAGAGCUCGUACCCCGGCGCGCUGCCCCCCCGCGCCGCGCGCCGCAAGCCGCGCCCGCGCGGGGGCUCCGUGCGCGCGCGCGAGCCCGGCGACCCGCCGCCGCCGCGCCCCACCGACCUCAGCCUGCACAUCUCCGGCGGCCGCUUCGACAUCGCCAAGCUGCGGCGGGAGUUCUUCGCGCCGCCCCCGGCCCCCGCGCCCCCUGCCGCCCCCGCGGCCCCCGACGAGGAGAGCUCGCUGGCUGAGCUGCUGCGCAAGUACCUGAAGCUGGAGGAGGACGAGGGCCCCUCGCGGCUCUCCGGCUCCGAGGAGCUGGUGAAGGCGCUGCGGCGCUUCCUGGCGCGCCAGGCGGAGCGGCCAGGCGCGGGGGGCGCGGGGGGCGGCGCGGGGGACGCGGCGGGGGACGGGGGGGCGCCGCGCCCGCUGCUGGACACGCUGGCGCGGUACUACGGCCGCUCGCCCAACCGGGACCACAUAGUGCAGGACUUGUUGACCGACCGGAGUUUGUUAAAAAGACUAUAUCAUGACCUUCGAAAGACUAAGCCGUACCGCGGCGGUAGGAGUGGUGGUGCCGGUGCGGGCGGUGCGAGCGGGAGCUUCGUGCCGGGAGCGCGCGGGGCGGGGCGCGGCGCGGCGGGGGGCGAGGACGGGGGGCGCUCGCCGCCGCUGUCGCCGCCGCCGCUGAUAGAGGUCAAAGGCGAGUCCUUAGAGGACCAGUACGUGGACUGCGGCACGCAGACAGUUCCUAUACCGGAGGAGGUGCUGGCGGAGUGCGAGCGGGCGUACCGCGCGCGGCUGGAGGCGUCGUCGCCGCCGUCGCCCGCCAGCCCGCCGGCCGAGCGCCGCGCGCGCCGCCGCUCCAGCGUGGACCACGACGACGUGUCGCAGUCCGUCAGCGACACCAUCAAGCGCUACCUGCGCAUGGCGCGCAAGAAGAGCGUCGACGCCGACAAGGCCGACCGCUUUAAACGCAUCAACUAUGACAAAAACCUGCGCAACAUCAAAGCGAAAGCGCCAGGGGAAGUCGACGAUGACGGGUUACACAAGGGUUGUCAAACUGAAGAGGGUUGGAUCCUAACGUAUCGCGAGAUGUCGUGUACAUCCCCGUCGUCCCCCGUAUCUCCGUCGCACGGCUCGUUCCUCUCGACGCUGCUGGGGCGCUCGCCGGUGACCCCCACUUCCCCCCCGGCAGGUGGCAUGCAGAAGUCGCGCUCCUCGUCCUCGGUGGUGCAGAGUGUGAGCAAGCGGCUCUGGCGCACGCGCAGCCGCAGCUCCAGCCGCGUCUCGUCGACUUGGACGCCUCAGGGCAGCUGUCAGUGGCUGGACGGCGCGGGUCGCUGCGUGCGCCUCGCCGACUGCUCGCUGCUCAGCCUCAGCGAUGUGGAGCGGCGCGCGCUGCAACAGGCUGCUCUGGCGAGGUUGCAGCAGCUGAGCUUAGCUGCCAGUAUCAAGAUACCUGAAGAGAACGCGUCCUCCGCCCAGGCCAAGCCGAAGCGCCGGGCGCACCUUCUGAAGAGGCGCGCCAUCACCACCGGCUUCUUCGACCAGCGGGGGAAGGACGGCGACAAGGAUAAGGACUCAACGGGCAGUGGAAGUGUGUUCGGCGUCUCGCUCUCACAGUGCGUGGAAACUGAGAGGGCACUACGGCGGACGCAGCACGGGGGCUCCAGGGCCUCGCUGGCGUCACUCGGCGCCCUCGAGCGGACAGAGAGGGCUGACGAUAGUGAAUCCUGCGACUCGGGCGACUGGGGCUGGGCGGGGCUGGAGGAGGGCGGCGCGCGCGUGCCGGCGCUGGUGUCCGCCUGCCUCGCGCACCUGCGCCGCCACGGCCUGCGCACGCUCGGCCUGUUCCGAGUGUCCGCCAGCAAGAAGAGAGUGCGCCAGCUCCGCGAGGACUGGGAGCGCGGGCAGGAGUCGGCUCUGGACGCGGCGGCGUGCCCGCACGACGUGGCCACCUUACUGAAGGAGUUCCUGCGCGACCUGCCCGACCCGCUGUUGUGUAGAGACCUUUAUACGGCGUUUCUGCAGACUCAGAAGAUCCGCAACCGGCGCCUCCAGUGGGAAGCCCUACGCCUGGUCAUCCAGCUCCUCCCCGCCUCUCACAGAGACACCCUCAGCGCUCUUCUCUCGUUCCUGUCGCAACUGGCAUCUCAUGCGGAAGAUGAUCACCAGCCUGGGAACAAGAUGGAUGCGGCGAAUCUGGCGACGGUUUUUGCGCCCAAUAUACUGCAUCGGAAUAAGCCUAAUGAGGCUGCGAGUGCCGAGCAGCUGUCCGAACGCGCCGACGUCAUCAACGUGGUCCGGCAGCUCAUCGAGCGCCAACACGAACUGUGGACGCUUCCCGCGGAGCAACUACACGACGCGUACAUUCACCUCGCGCACACCGCGCCCAGCCACCUCCACGCGCUGCUCAUGAGGCGGCACGAAUGUGCAUCGGAGCGUGUGAGCGGGCGUCCAGACGACAUAGAGGCGGAGGCGGGCUCGCGGCGCACGUGGUCGCGCGAGGAGUGCCUGCACGGCGGCGCCGCCACCGGGGGACCCGACCCGGACAGACCUGACAGGUUGGUAUGA